UUAAAAAGGGGUGUGUCCAGGGGCGGGGCAGGGGUCGGUGGGGGCGUGGCCGACGCCUCAGCCUCGCAGUCUUCUCUCGCGCGCAGGAUUCGGUCCCAGGCUUCCCCGCGGAGGCCGGGGAUGCGCUGCCGGGGCUCCCCGCAGGACUGAGCGCUCCCGCCCCGGGGGGCUGGAGGGCCGGAGCCCCCCGAGGGCCACGCCGAGGGACCGGGGCCCUGACCCUUCCCCCCACCCGCGGCGCUGACCCCUGGCGCGGAGUCCAUGCAUCCCAGAAUGAAUGAGAUGAACCUGAGUCCCGUGGGGAUGGAGCAGCUCGCUUCAUCUUCUGUGAGCAAUGCCUUGCCAGUCUCAGGAAGCCACCUCGGCCUGGCCGCCUCACCUACUCACAAUGCCAUCCCUGCCCCAGGACUGCCCGUUGCAAUUCCCAACCUUGGUCCCUCCUUAAGCUCUCUGCCUUCUGCCUUGUCUCUGAUGCUCCCGAUGGGCAUUGGUGAUCGGGGGGUGAUGUGUGGGAUACCGGAGAGGAACUACCCUCUCCCUCCCCCGCCGUACCCGCACCUGGAGAGCAGCUACUUCCGGCACAUCCUACCUGGCAUCUUGUCUUACUUGGCCGACAGGCCCCCUCCUCAGUACAUCCACCCGAACUCCAUCAGCGUGGACAACAACCCCGCGCUGGCCAUCCCCAACAACCCCUCGGCCUUAGACCCCUAUCAGCCCGGCGGCAGCGUCGGCCUGGAGCCGAGUAUCGUGCCCAUGGAUUCGCGCGUGGUCGGUGCCCACGGGGCGCAGGGUCUCCAUCCUGGGGACGGCCACGACGUGGCUCUGGACACCGCCAUCAGCAUGGAGAGCGUCUCCAGAGUGACCAGCCCCAUCUCCACGGACGGCAUGGCGGCCGAGGAGCUGACCAUGGAGGGGGUGACUGGGGAGCACUCCCAGAUGCCAAACGGCUCCAGGAGCCACGAACCUUUGUCUGUGGACCCGGUGGGGAACAACUUGGCGGCGGAGGCCGUGGGGCACGGGGGCGUGAUCCCUCUGCACGGGAAUGGCUUGGAGCUCCCCGUGGUCAUGGAGACGGACCACAUGGCCGGCCGUGUCGGGGGGAUGCCCGAGGGCGCCCUCGCCGACUCCAUCCACACGGUGGCCAUGAGCAGCAACUCUGUCAGCGUGGCCCUCUCUACCUCACACAGCCUCGCCUCCCUGGAGUCCGUUUCCCUGCACGAGGUGGGCCUCAGCCUCGAACCCGUGGCCGUGUCCUCCAUCAGCCAGGAGGUGGCCAUGGGCUCAGGCCACGUGGACGUCGCCUCGGACAACCUCUCCUUUGUGCCGCCGUCCCUGCAGAUGGAAGACUCCAAUUCCAACAAGGAGAACAUGGCGACCUUGUUCACCAUCUGGUGCACACUCUGUGACCGAGCCUACCCCUCAGAUUGCCCUGACCACGGACCGGUGACUUUUGUUCCAGACAGCCCAAUCGAGAGCCGAGCCAGGCUGUCUCUGCCAAAGCAGCUGGUCCUCCGCCAGUCUCUCCUGGUGGCAGAUGUGGGUGUGUGGACUGGAGAAACCAUUCCUGUUCGGACUUGCUUUGGGCCCUUGAUUGGCCAGCAGAGUCACUCUAUGGAAGUAGCAGAUUGGACAGACAAGGCAGCUAAUCAUAUCUGGAAGAUAUACCACAACGGUGUCCUCGAAUUCUGUAUCAUUACAACAGACGAAAACGAAUGUAACUGGAUGAUGUUUGUGCGCAAAGCCAGGAACCGGGAGGAGCAGAAUCUGGUGGCUUAUCCUCACGACGGGAAGAUCUACUUCUGCACCUCCCAGGAUAUCCCUCCGGAGAACGAGCUGCUUUUUUAUUACAGCCGGGAUUAUGCCCAGCAGAUCGGGGUUCCCGAGCACCCAGACAUGCACGUCUGUACCUGUGGCAAGGAGUGUAACUCCUACGCCGAGUUCAAGGCCCACCUGAGCAGCCACAUCCAGCAGCACCUCCCGAGCCAGAGCCACGGAGGCGGCGGCCACGGGCCCACCCACAGCAAGGAGAGGAAGUGGAAGUGCUCCAUGUGCCCGCAGGCCUUCACCUCGCCCUCCAAGCUCCACGUGCACUUCAUGGGCCACAUGGGAAUGAAGCCCCACAAGUGUGACUUCUGCAGCAAGGCUUUCAGCGACCCCAGCAACCUGCGCACGCACCUGAAGAUACACACGGGCCAGAAGAACUACAGGUGUGCCUUGUGUGACAAGUCCUUCACCCAGAAGGCUCACCUGGAGUGUCACAUGGUCAUCCACACUGGGGAGAAGAACCUGAAGUGCGAUUACUGUGACAAGCUCUUCAUGAGGCGGCAGGACCUCAAGCAGCACGUGCUCACUCACACGCAGGAAAGGCAGAUCAAGUGCCCCAAGUGCGAGAAGCUCUUCUUGAGGACCAAUCACUUGACGAAUCAUCUCAACUCCCAUGAGGGAAAGCGGGAUUACAUCUGUGAAAAGUGUUCCAAGGCCUACCUGACCAAGUACCACCUGACCCGCCACCUGAAGAUCUGCAAAGGCCCCGCCUCCAGCUCCUCAGCGCAGGAGGAGGAAGAGGAGGAAGAGUCAGAGGAAGAGGAGCCAGGAGAGGCCGCAGGGGCCGAGGGCUGUCGGCUGGGCAGGGCCGUGUAUGCCGCCGCGGAGGUCCUCCCUGGACACAAGUGAGGCCGGACCGGGCGGGUGCGGGGAGAGUAGGGGGACCCAGCCAGCAGCCGAGACAGACUAAAGGACAAGGGGCAAAGCACUUAGAGAAGCCUGGAUCCUCCGGCCCACCUUGGGAGGGAAGACCGGACCACAGACACAGAGCUUGCAAAGGGCCACGUCUGAGCCACAUCUGAGCCACACAGAGCCUCCGGGCCCAGCGACCAGUGGGGAAUUGGAUCCUCUGUAGUGUCUCUCCUGCCUCGUGGCUCCCCCUUUUAUGGUCAGCGCAUCGUCGCUCCCCCAGCCAGAAGGCCCGUCGGGGCUGCAGCCUCAAUCUUGGCUGCCACGUGGGUGCCAGAAAUGAGUCUUUCUCCUUGGAUCUGGACUCACCUGUGACACCCACCGUCAGGGUUUUGGGGGCACUGAUGUUUCAUAGGGGAGGCCAAGGAAGCGAGGCUGGAGCCACAGAAGUGGGGCUCUGCCAAAAGUGGGGGGUACCAGGGACUAAAGAGGGGUACCACCUGCAGGGUCUGCAGGGUUCUGAGUAGGGAGGUGGUUACUGGGAGACCUGCCAGGCAGGAACAGAGAAGGGUCUGCAGCAUUUCAGGCAGACCCUUGAGGUUUUAUCAUCCACACUUCCAAGUGUGGCUCUGGGGCUCUGGGGAAACCAACACCCUCCAGGGCCCUAGAACUGCUUCCAGGCUCUUCAAGCAUGAGGGGCCCUGCACCCCGGGCCUGUAGCGCCUCUUGGCCGUUGAGGAGGGGACACUGUCUGGCACAGAUUGCUUCUUAGAGAUGGCAUUCUCUGGGCUGGGCGCGGAGGUGACCGGGAAGGUGUUGCUGCUAAACUAUUUAUUGAAUGAAUGUUUUUCAUUCAAACCUGUACUCUAGGAAAAAAUUAAAUCAAAACCAAUUUUUAAAGAA